UGUCCAAACCUAAUUAUCAUCCCAGCCCUGCUGAGAUUCCUCAUUUUCCUGUGAGUAACUUCAUGUGUCUCCACCUGCUUGCCUGGAGAAGAACUGAGGAGGCCCCAUCUGUCUGCUUUGCAAGCUCCAGCUGUGUCUGCUAAGCAAACAAGUGUGCUGAAAGCUGGGACAAUACCUCCGUGUGAGAGGCCUUGGGACUCAGCGUCUCGAGACAGAGCUGGAACUUCUGGACCAUCCAAAAUUUGGUGGACUUGAACCAUACAGGCCUGGAGCCACACAACCAGAGGAACUGGCAGGGAACCAGAUUGCAAGAGAAAGAAAGAAGCAUGGAGGAAUCUGCAAGCAAAGAAUCUGGAGGAGGAGGCAAGAAGAGGGGAAGUGGAAGUUAGACUCACGCAUUUUAGAGAGGCAAAAAGCUGGUCACACCCACAGAUAUGGGGCUGCUGAUGGCAAGGAACCAUCAGACCAGCAAGUCUCACUUUCCCCUCCCAGUCCUAUCCCUGCUUUUUGUGGCCUUACCAUGGUGCCCAGUAUCCCUCUGUUCCAUGUGUACUACCACAACUGAUGUGAAGGCAGACGGGACCCCCAGGCUGAGGCUGAGCUUAACUGCACUGUGCCAGAUGUCCUCCAUCUCUGACUUGCUUGACCCCUGCCAGCAUCUGGUGGCUCAGAGAAGACCCUGGCAGCACUCCAGGCACAGCCAGCUACAGGGACUGCAAGUCUGAAGGAAAUCUGUGUGUCUACAUCUGGUGGCCUGGAAACUCCUCCUGGUGUCUUCCAAAGAGACAAGAAAGAUAAACCUGUAUUUUAGCUAACUAAGGGACUUACCACAGAGAGCUGCCUUGUGCCUUGGAUGCAAUGUACAGAAGUUCUGCUGCUGGAUUUGUGGUGCAAUGCAUGAUGUAUGUGUAGAUGCCAACAGCUCACUCACAAUCAGGAUUAACUAGAAUAUUCUGAGUGCACUCACCUAAAUGAUAAAGGAGGAAAGGAAAUGAGUCCAAACAGAUGGAGCCAGACUCUUCUCAUUCACACCCCAUGACAGGAUGAGAGGUAAAUCCACCAAACAACACGUAUUGUUCCUUCCCACUCUUGGAAGACAGAAUGCUGAGUUUGCUUCAAGUUGUGUCUGUGUGCUGGAUGAAAAUAUGAGGCAGAAGAAUGCUGGGAAAUCUGGCCAACCUGCUCUCAAGUACCAGGUGAAAUGGCAUUCAUUUGCUGUGCAGGAGAUUGGGUUCUCACAGAGAAAGAGAGCAAUUUUCCUCCCUCUACCUAAAUGAAUACUCCUGUGUCCUGGCAUCUCUUACAGGUGGCGGGGAGGGCAGGGGCCUACUGCCCCCUGUCACGGACACAGAUUGAACUAGUUAACUCCGUGACAACAGAGAAUCACCUGGAAACUUUGCUCUUCUAUGGCAGCACGGGGAGUCCAGGUGGCAUAUGGCAGAGAAUGAACAACGGGAGCAAACACCUGAAUAUGAACAUUUUAAUUUGUACCUGUAAAUGGGAUUCAACUCAGCAUUAUUUUCCCUAAGUUUAGAUAGUCAUUAUAUUGUGGUUUUUUUUUUUUUUUUAUAUUAUUAUUACGGUAUUUUAUUUAAAGAUUAAUGUGUUUGCCCACUGUUAAUAUAUAUCUUCGGAUAUGUGGAAUCAUUUAUUCUGCAUUUACAUUAAAUGCCUCAAAAACAAGCGUGUCUGAGAGGUUUAUUAUUGCUGCUCUGUUACAUUAUCUCCACACAGUACGUGUGAGUUUCCUCGUGGAACGACAUAUGGAUGUCUAUGGGGCCUGGAACUUUCUGCUAUAUGAUGCUUAUGGCUUUCCUUAAUGAACUUAUCUUACCUAAGAUAAAUAAAAUCAUACACAGGAGUCCAUGAAUCUCCUCACUGAAAGAGAAUAUUUUAGAUCCCUUGGUCACACACAGAUGUGCAUUUUAGGACUGCCCCAGCAAACUGAUCAGCCUCAUGUAAAAACCCAGAGGAAUGGUACUGGAGGCAACAAAUCAUUAAGGUCCCUGCAGUCAGAACAAAAGCAGUUCUGGGAUUUGGGUUGCCACAGAUGAUCUGAAGAGCAAAGAAUAGGAAAGUAAGAGACAAAGCAGGUUAACUCCCAGCUCUUGUUUACUUCUGGAGCUUAGAAGAAAAAACAAAUGUGGGGUUUUGCCUUCUAUUUGUGUCACAUCUACUCUGAUGAAAGGAACCAGAGAAUUCCCAUCUCAUUAGAACACUGUUGAUCCAUGUCUCCAUCUGAUGGGCCCCAUAGGAGCAUGAGAUUCAUCUUAUUUCCAGGGAAAAUAGAUCAAGAUCUUUCACUUGCACUUCAUAGAAGUGCCCAUCAACAUCGAUCAACUGCUCUGUCACAAGAAUUGAUCUGAUUUUCUUAUAGAAGCUUCAGGUAUCGGUGAAGCACUGACUGUGGAAAUCAAAGAUCAUUAUUCUUAAAGUGAAAGCAGAUGUAUUCAAAACUUAUCAGGUAGUGUUUUUUUUGGUUGUUGUUGUUUCUUUAUUUGCUUUCAACAUAUCCCUACCUAAUAGCAGGAGCUCCAAAUCUGUUUGAAGUCUGUUUAAAGCAGUGCUUCAGUGGCACAUAUUUUUAUCCACAUAGAGAGGCUGAAAUAUUGCCUCCUGUGUCUUUACAUGAGAUCAAGGAACAAGGCUCAAUUGAUUGAUAUGAAUGGUAUAUGUGUAUAUGUAUGAUGUUUUCCAUUCACUCUUCUUGUAAUACUCCUUCUCCAUCUCAAUGAUAAUAAGAAAAGUGAUCAGAAGAUCCAUCAUAGCUGGACAUGGAAAUAGCACUUUUCAGUGUACGGUUAGACAAGAGUUCUUUUUGAAUUUGAAGGAUAUUUACUAUCCUGAAAAUGCCAGAUGUUUUUGUUUUUGUUUUUGUUUCUUCUUUGGAAGCCUAAAAUCAUCGAUGGCUCCAUCUCUCACUUACUUGCUUCCCCGUUCAUGUCAGAAAACUCGGUGGCUAAAAAUUGGUGUCAAGUAAUAGAAGCCAACAGAGUAGAGAAGCUGAAGCCCUACUGAUUAACUGACUGCAUAUCAGUGAAAAAAACUGGAAUAUCUGUGGUCUGAUUCGCCAUCACCAGGAGUGCUACUGUCUCUCCAGUGGAAAUUUCUAACGUGAGAACAGAAAAACCAGUGCAUUCAAGAAGAGUCUAUUAAUGGAACUGACUGCAACACCUCUGCAAAAGAAAUCUCAGGAGAAAAGAAAUGCACAUAUGCUGAAGUCCUUUCCCAAGAGCGUUCAGAAUACUGCAAGAAAAGGUAUUGAAUGUGAGAGCCUAGGAUUAAAGAACAGCUAUGUAACAGAGGAGUGAGAGCUUUCAAUUGCUCGUUUUGAAAAAGAUGUUACUGAGAAAUCUCUUUUGGAAUUCUUCAUCUCUGUGUUCCUCAGUGUGUAGAUGAUGGAAUGUGGCACCGGGAGUGGCUGUUCAGAGACAACAUGGCUUUUUGACCACAAGUUUUUUGAACAGCAGUGCAGAGAAAGAUGCCACGUGCAAAAUGGAUGCUCACCUCUGUGACCUGGGCUCCAUCUGUGAGAAAGGCUUUGUGCAUCCUCUCUAUGAUACGUGCCUUGAUUUUGGUCAAGGUGACAGCUUACAACAUAAUCAGGGCAAAGAGUUGAGGACUGUUAGCAGACCAUUCUUGGACUCCACAAGCAAUUCAGCUGCAUGAAUAUCCAUACUGGCCAGUUUGAUCACCCGUGUGACAUCACAGUAAAAACUGUCUGGGAAAUUUGAUCCAUGGGAUGACAAAUGAAUGACAGUUCUACCUGCACAUUAGAAUGAGCAGUGCCCCUCCCACACUGCUGCAACCAGCUGGAGCUGUAAUUGCUGUGAUUGAAGAUGUUUGGGUACUGCAAAGAUAUAUGGAGAGCCACAUACCGAUUCAGAAGCAUCACUGUGAGGACAACAACCAUGGAACCUCCUGAAGAAAAAGUGUUCUGAUGACUUCAUUGGAAAAUUAGACACUGCCAUGGGAUUUCUUUGGGGAAAAAUCAAAGUCUGCAUAUGAUCUAGGCACGUUUAUGCCCCUCAGAAGACAACUGGAGAAAGCAGGUUAUUUCUGAAUAUACUUCAACUGAUGCACUCCAGAGAAAAUCUGGGAUGAAAUUAGCCAUUCCUUGGGAUGUCUAUACUGACAUCAUUAACUACAAGGAUUUUAAAUUGUUCAAUUGCAAUCUUCCUUCAGACGUGACUGGUCUGUAAUUAGUUUCCUUUUAUAAUCAGUGGAUGUGAUUUUAGGUUUUUAGCAACUUUAGACUGCAAUUCAUCUAGCUUUGUUUGGUUGUCUGCAUUAGAAGGAAAUGCACUGUACCUUCGAAGGGUCUACUUUGCUCAUUUGGAGAGGCUGUACGUUUCACUAUUUCAGAACAAGAUAGUUACACUGUAAACCACAAAGAUUAGCCUACUACAGGAGACUGGACUGAUUCUUUACAACUUAAAUUUAAUCCAGGUGCCAGUUGUUAGGGAGAACGUCUGACGACAUGUUUACUUUCUGUUCAAAAUUCCAGUAUAAUUCUCAAGUCAGUGGGAAUCUAAAUGACUAGUUUUCAAGAAAUUCACUAUGAAGAGAUCCAUAAAACCAGCUAAUGGUCACAGGAUGUGCAUUUCAGUAGCCUAAGCAUAACCCAAGUUGCUUAAAUACUGCAACAUAUUGGCAUUAGCGUGUUUAUUGCUGUCUGCUUCUCAGGGCUUGCAAGAGUCAAAAUGGAGCAUGAAAAGUAUAUGGUAGUUAGAGAGUUUAUUCUGCUAGGAUUGUCUCAAUCCCACAAAGUCCAGUCAAACCUCUUCUUCUUCUUCCUGCUGUUCUACAUGAUAAUUCUCCCAGGCAACAUCCUUAUCAUUCUCACAAUUCAGGAUUCAGCUGGAUCACCCAUGCAUUUUUUCCCGGCUAAUCUGGCAUUCAGGGACAUCUGCUACUGUUCUGUGACCCCACCCAAAAUGCUGGCUGACUUUUUCUCAAAUCCCAAGACCAUCUCCUACAAUGCCUGCAUGACCCAGCUUUUGUUUCUUGACUUCCUGAGAGCAGCAGAAGCUUUCCUGCUCUUGGCCAUGGCCCAUGGCAUCAUUCUGUUUGCUCUCACCAUCAAACUCCCCUUCUGUGGACCCAACGUCCUGGACAUCUUUGUGAUGUGUUGUCAGCUGGCUAACUUGGCCUGUGCUAACACGGUGGAACUUCUGAUGUUCCUCAACAAUGAAGUUGUCAUUGUCAUGUGCUUUGCACUUCUCCUCAUCUCCUACACAGUCCUCUUGCUGAAGCUCCAACAGUCCAAAACAAGGAACAAAAUAACCUCCACCUGCAUUUCCCACAUCAUCAUAGUUUUUGUCACGUUUGGCCCAGCUGUCUGUAUCUAUGUCCCACCCUUUGAGGCUGUCCUAAUGGAAAAGGUUGUUGCUCUUUUCCAUACGGUUGUCUUCCCCUUGACUAAUCCCAUGAUCUACACGCUGUGUAACAAGGAGAUCAAAAGCUCCAUGUGGAAGUUGGUCAGCAAAUAC